AUGACAAAUUCAUCUCGGCCAAAUACACCAUGUCACAUGCAAAGACCAUCAUUAAUUGAGGAUGAUGAUGAUCAUACUAAUAAUAAGAAUGGAAAACAAUUGCUAUCAAGAAGUCUUACAUUUGAUAAGCAACCAUUAAAACAAAAACGAAUAAAAAGACUAAGUCGACCAUCACCAGCUAUAAUUGAACAACAACUACAAUGUUUAGAUCGAAGUUUACUUAUUAAUUCAGGUAUUGAUCCUUUACCAUAUGUACGUGACAUGCUUAAUGAAUUGAGUAAUACAGAAGCUUUUCUUUAUGCUCGACAAUGUCGUAUUGUUGUUGGUAAAUUACGUUUAUGUUGGAGUGAUGUUAAUGAAGAAAUAAAAUCUUUAUUAAAACAUAAAGAAAAUACAGAAGCAGCUAUUGAACAUAUUCGAAAAGACUUAAUAAUUAAUAAAGAGAGUAAACUUGAUGAAGUUCGUCAACAUGUAACUAAAAUUGGUAGAGAACAUUUGAAUUGGCACUUUUUGAAAAAUAAUUUACAACAACAUCAACCACCAUUGACAGUACUUCCUCAACUAUUAUCAACUCUUGGUUUUCGUCUACCACGUACACCUCAAAAUAAUCCAAUAACUUCAUCUAAUUCAAAUUUAAAUAAUACAAAUAUUUCAACAGAAGCAACAUUAUUGAAUGAAAAUAGUUUACCACUUGUUGGAAAUUUACUUGUUUUUACAUCAGAUGUUAUACAAGUAUAUCAAGAUGCAACAAAAUUAAUUGAAGAAUCAUGUGAAAUUAAAAAACAAACGAUGAAUCAAAUAAAAGAUGCAAAAGCUUAUUCAUUAACUGUUCAUCAAAGUAUUGCUCAAAAACUGGCGGAUAUUAUUACAUAA